AGCAGCUGACGGGCGGGAUCGCUUUUGCCGCCGCUGGUCCCCUUUCCUCAGUUCCCGCCCGCCCGCCGCCCGGGGCCCUGCCGAGUCUCCCCCGCCUUGGCCCGCUGAGCUCGCCACCCACCCGCAGACAUGUCCGAGACCGCGGCUGGCCCCGAGUACGCCUCCUUUUUCGCCGUCAUGGGCGCCUCGGCCGCCAUGGUCUUCAGCGCCCUGGGUGCCGCCUAUGGCACGGCUAAGAGUGGCACAGGCAUCGCGGCCAUGUCGGUCAUGCGGCCGGAGCUGAUCAUGAAGUCCAUCAUCCCAGUGGUCAUGGCUGGCAUCAUCGCCAUUUACGGCCUAGUGGUGGCUGUCCUCAUCGCCAACUCCCUGAAUGACAACAUCACCCUCUACAAGAGUUUCCUUCAGCUGGGUGCAGGCCUGAGCGUGGGCCUCAGUGGGCUGGCAGCUGGCUUUGCCAUUGGCAUCGUGGGGGAUGCUGGUGUCCGGGGCACUGCCCAGCAGCCCCGGCUAUUUGUGGGCAUGAUCCUGAUUCUCAUCUUCGCAGAGGUGCUUGGCCUCUACGGCCUCAUCGUUGCCCUCAUCCUCUCUACGAAGUAGCCCCUCUGCACCCAGCAGCCACAGAAUACAAUGUAAAGAUCACCCCCCUCCUCAUUCCAGGAUGAACAGCCUGACACACACGCACGGGGCCGCAGACCCCUCAGUAGUUGGUCUUGUAAAUGCGCAGUGUCUAGUGCCCACUGUCUGUUGCCCGCCUUGCCCCCGGCCCCCGCCCCGUGCGGUGGACAUUUGGGCCCACUCCUUUCCCACCCAGGCCCCUUACCAAUGAGGAGCAGGCCCUGGGUGCCCCCAGAGUGUAUAAGGAUGAAUUAGACUUGUAAUUUUUCUCUUCACUGGAUGUUUAUUUAUAAAAAAUUUGACCUAUCCAUAACGUCUGUGGAGCAGCCCUCGUCUCCCAUUCUAUAGUAAUCUUAGGUAGCGUGUUCCGUUGUGGGGUUCCGGUACGCUGAGACUUCCGUGGAUGUAACACCUCCCUCUCCUCGCGCGGCCCGAGGAGGGCAGGGUGCUGGGCCCACGGGCCCAGCGCAACCUGUGUCCAAUAAAGUUCUCGGAUGUUACAGGA